ACAAAUGGGCAACGUUUACCGCCUAAUUCAUGAAGCAAAAGAGGAAAUUAAGAGGCGUCUACAAUCACCGACCAAGUAUCAACAUUACAUUGAUAUAAUCACUAAAAGAUGGGAUGAUCAAAUGGGAAAACCUAUUCAUUUGGCCGGUACGUAUUUUUUAAUGAUAACGAAUUUUUAAUAUUGUUAUUAAUAAUUAUAUCAAUUUAAUUAUUAUAAGCUAUUAUCUCAAUCCGGCAUAUCAAUAUCAUUAUAAUCUUGGCACAAAUGAUGAUUUAUUAGUGGCCCUCAGACAUGUAAUAUCAAGACUGCAUACAAACACAGAAUCAAUUGCUGAGACUAUUAAUGAAAGUCGAUUAUUUCGAGAGGCAUAUGGUUCUUUUAGCGAUCCUAUUGCAGUUUCAUGCAGAUAUAAAAUGGAUGCAGCUGAGUGGUGGUUACAAUAUGGAGGAUCAGCUCCAAAUUUGAAAAAGAUUGCAGUACGAAUUCUCUCACAGACAACGUCUUCAAGCGGUUGUGAAAGAAAUUGGUCAACUUUCUCCCUCAUUCAUACAAAAGUACAAAAUCGUCUUUCUUAUCGUCGCUUGGAGAAGAUGGUCUACGUUCAUUAUAAUAUGCGUCUUCAACUAAGAGCAAUAACAGAAGAGAAUGAAGAACAGGAGUCUGGUGAUGUAGACCCAUUUGAUAUUGGAUUUGUCCAGACUGAGAAUGAUCCAAUGAUGGAUUAGUGGAGCGCUGUUGAGGCUGAGAAUCCAUUACUUGAUGAAGCAGGAGACCCACCAUGACCAUCUCAAUUUCUUACUCAACAAAUUGAAAAAAU